UGUGUUUCCCGUUUUCAGGAGGUCGGUGUCACUUUUGUCUGACACUUUUUUGCAUCCGUGUGGAAAAGCGUGUGGAGCUGAACGAAGGAUUUGACGAGUGUAUUAUUAUCUUUUAUCUGUCAAUAUUUUUGAUGUGUAGAGCUCUAUUUUUAACAGUCAAUGGUAGAGAUAUUUCCCAUUACCGACACCAUCACAUGGUUAUUAGCUGCAGCGAAGCUAUGUGGCCACAGGUAUAAAACAAUUGAACAGUUCUAUAUCUAUGUAUGUGGUUAACAUGACUAGCAAUAACGCUAGCUAACGUGCUAGAUAAGCAGCUAGCUAAUUUCCCAAAAAGUUUAUGACCAUGUCGGGACUUUUAACGCCCCAAAGUCGUAAUGUUAAAGUAUUCAUCAAAGCGUUUAGACAGACAAGGCGAGCUAGAUAUUCAUCAGUUAGCUCUCAGUUAAAUAUCCGCAGCUUUAUUUCAGAGAACACAGAGAUAGUUGGAGAGCAGAGCCUGACCCCAGAAGUCAAACUUAGACUGUUCACCCCGAACUGCAGAUUUUGGAGAGAAAGACCAGAGCUCUGGCCUUUUGAUGACCCGUACUGGGCCAUAUACUGGCCAGGAGGACAGGCACUCUCAAGGUAUCUCCUUGAUAACCCUGCAGUGUGUCGGGGUAAGACAGUUCUGGAUCUGGGGAGCGGUUGUGGAGCCUCGGCCAUCGCUGCAAAACUAUGUGGUGCUGCUCAUGUAGUUGCCAAUGACAUUGACACUGUUGCAGCGGUUGCGACCCACAUGAACUUUGAGUUGAACGGCUUGGAGCCAGCUGUUUGUUUGUCUAACAACAUGAUUGGUUCACAACCCGAGGGCUUUGACCUGAUCCUCCUAGGAGACAUGUUCUACGAAGAGGCCCUCGCCACCAGCCUUCACAACUGGCUGGAUCGCUGCAUCAGAACCCAAGGCACCAAAGUCCUGAUUGGAGAUCCUGGAAGAGCUCAGUUUGAGGAACACGGAAUCCGACGACUCCUGCGUCAGCUGGCUCAGUUUGAGCUUCCUGAGUCUGUCAGAGAAGAGAACUACGGUCUGACCUGCAGCAGAGUUUGGUGCUACCAUCCUGAACUCUGAGGACCGGAGAGGAUCCUCUGUGCUUUUUUGUUUGAAUGUGAUAAAUAUGAACUCACCUGCUGUGAGAGGUGUUAUGUGUUUGCUUUGUACUUAUCUUCUUCAGUCAGGGUCACUCAGUUCAGUUGUCACUUGUUGCCUUACGAAAAUACUAUCUCCCAAUACGACAAAGCAAAAUCUUUAUAUGUGGAUGUUUCAUUUCCUGUACUUUUGUUGUUUUGUAAAUAAUAUAGUUUACAUACAUUCAAAAGCAAAACAAAGUAUAGGAACUACUGACCAAUAUGGAGCCCCCCUAUGUUCAAUUAUUAAUGGAUGAAUAUGUAAUUAUGAAACAAAGACUCUCAUAACUGAAUCUGUUUUUUUAAUUUUUAAAUAUUGACUUUGGGCUCCACAGUGUGACUGAUUUUUGUGGUUAAAUAAUUAACAGCUUUCUGCUUUUCAUUAUUUAACACAAAUCUUGGCCCUUGUUUCAUAAUAGAUGUGUCAUGCAGCAA